AAGAAUAGCAACGGCCUUUGUUGGGGGCCUCAAUACCUUUGGUUUCAUGCUUCGUCAGACGCGGCCAGGUAUCUUCCCAACUAGCCGUUGGGAACGUACUACAGUAAUUGAAGUGCUUUGCCUCGUCUCGUGUACGCAGGCGGCAGCGGCAGCAUCGCUCCACUCCACUCCACUCCACCCCUGCCAUGCCUGCCGCUUUCCAGUACUAGCCGACCGUUGCACUCUCGUCCUCUAAUCUCCCUCGCUCCCUCCAGAAACUUGCAGCAAUCGCAACUGCUGCUGUUCCCUCCUCUCCUCCAACGCUCGCUCCGACUCCUCUGCCUUUUGCUCUGCUCUGCUCUGCUUCAAUCCAACAUGUUGCUGCUCCGGCGCCCUCCAUUGGGCCGCCUCCUCUUCCUUGUACACUGCUUCUGUGCAGCAGCGACGCUCCUCCUCCUCGCGCCGCCGCCGGCCGCCGCCGCUCAGCACCACCACCGCCACCCCGCGGGCGACGGCGUCGUCAUCAGCCAGGCCGACUACCAGGGCCUGCAGGCCAUCAAGCACGACCUCUCCGACCCCUACGGCUUCCUCCGCUCCUGGAACGACUCCGGCCUCACCGCCUGCUCCGGCGCCUGGGCGGGCAUCAAGUGCGUCCGUGGCACCGUCGUCGCCAUCACGCUCCCCUGGCGGGGCCUCGGGGGAAGCCUCUCCCAGCGCGGCAUCGGCCAGCUCACCGGCCUCCGCAGGCUCAGCAUCCACGACAAUGCCAUCGCCGGGCCCAUCCCCGCCGCGCUCGGAUUCCUCCCCGAGCUCCGCGGCGUCUACCUCUUCAACAACCUCUUCUCAGGCGCCGUCCCGGCCUCCAUUGGCGCCUGCGUCGCGCUCCAGUCCUUUGAUGCGAGCAACAACCGCCUAACAGGCUCCAUCCCGCCCGCCGUCGCCAACUCCACCAAGCUCAUCCGACUCAACCUCAGCCGCAACGAAAUCUCCGGCGGCAUCCCCGCCGAGGUCGCCGCCUCACCGUCACUUCUCUUCCUCGACCUCUCCUACAACAAUCUCUCCGGCCCCAUCCCCGACGCCUUCGCCGGCUCCAAGACAGCGCCUUCUUCGUCGUCCUCACUGAAGGAGGCCAUCACAGGGAGCUACCAGCUCGUCUUCCUCAGCCUCGCGCACAACUCGCUCGACGGGCCAAUUCCGGAGUCGCUAGCGGGACUCAAGAAGUUGCAGGAGGUGGACCUUGCUGGCAACAAGCUCAACGGCACCAUCCCCGACCAGCUCGGCUCGCUCGCCGACCUCAAGACGCUCGACCUCUCUGGCAACGUGCUCACCGGCGAGAUCCCGGCGAGCCUUGCCAACCUCACUGCCACUCUCCAGUCCUUCAACGUCUCCUACAACAACCUCUCCGGCGCAGUGCCGGCCUCGCUCGCCCAGAAGUUCGGGGAACCCUCCUUCACGGGGAACAUACUGCUCUGCGGCUACUCUGCUUCGGCGCCCUGCCCGGCGUCUCCGUCGCCUGCGCCAUCUGCCCCGGCAUCACCCGCGCAGGGCGCCGCCCACCGCAAGUUCAGCACCAAGGAGCUCAUUCUGAUCAUUGCCGGGAUUGUCGUCGGCGUCCUGAUCUUGCUGCUCCUUUGCUGCCUCUUGCUCUGUUUCUUGAAAAGGAAGAGGUCUUCUAGCAGUACAGGAACAAGGAGCGGGAAGCAGGCGGCCAAGGAAGCCGGUGGAGCUGGCGCCGCGGCGGCCGGGCGCGGUGAGAAGCCUGGGUCAGGAGCGGCGGAGGUGGAGUCCGGUGGCGACAUGGGCGGCAAGCUCGUGCACUUCGACGGGCCCCUGGCAUUCACGGCGGACGACCUGCUGUGCGCAACGGCGGAGAUCAUGGGGAAGAGCACGUACGGGACGGUGUACAAGGCGACGCUGGAGGACAGCAGCCUGGUGGCCGUCAAGCGGCUCAGGGAGAAGAUCACCAAGGGCCACAAGGAGUUCGAGGCCGAGGCGGCGGUGCUCGGCAAGAUCCGGCACCCCAACCUGCUGGCGCUCAGGGCAUACUACCUGGGGCCCAAGGGGGAGAAGCUGCUCGUCUUCGAUUACAUGCCCAAUGGGAGCCUCUCCGCAUUCUUGCAUGCUCGCGCCCCGAACACGCCGGUGGACUGGGCAACACGGAUGACAAUCGCCAAGGGCACAGCCCGUGGUCUGGCCUACCUCCACGACGACAUGAGCAUCGUCCACGGCAACCUCACAGCCAGCAACGUCCUCCUCGACGAGCAGUCCAACCCCAAGAUCGCCGACUUUGGGCUGUCCCGCCUCAUGACGGCCGCCGCAAACUCGAACGUGCUCGCGGCCGCGGGCGCCCUGGGCUACCGCGCACCGGAGCUGUCUAAGCUGAAGAAGGCGAGCGCCAAGACGGACGUGUACAGCCUGGGCGUCAUCAUCCUUGAGCUCCUGACUGGCAAGUCCCCCGCGGACACCACCAACGGCAUGGACCUGCCGCAGUGGGUGGCGUCCAUCGUGAAGGAGGAGUGGACAAGCGAGGUGUUCGACCUGGAGCUCAUGCGGGACGCGGCCGGGGACGAGCUCAUGGACACGCUGAAGCUGGCGCUGCACUGCGUGGACCCGUCGCCGUCGGUGCGUCCCGAGGCCCGGGAGGUGCUGCGGCAGCUCGAGCAGAUCAGGCCAGGGCCGGAGGGCGGCGCCGGGCCGAGUGAGGAAGGUGGCGGCGCGCAUGUGCCGGUUUCUGCAGGAGACGAUGAGUAGCACAACUAAAACGGCCAACUGGCAGGAAUUACAAGAGGAAAAGGAAUGGUCACUAUUUAGUUAGCAAUAGAGAGAUACUAUAUAUCUACGAAUUCUUUGAUUUAUUUGAUUGCGUAGCAUUAGUACUACUACUAGGGGAUUGGAUCAUCCAUUUCUGCCGUUUUAGUAGCUUGUAUAGGCAAAUAUAAUUCGCACUAGGAUCGCUGUACGAACAACGAUGAAAAAGAGAGAAACUAGUAUCAUCCCUUUGGUA